UUUCUUCGUUUGUACCAGAGAGCUGUCGUGCGAAUGGAUGAACGCAGGGAAGAGCAAAUCGUGCAGUUGCUGAACACUGUCCAGACUAAGAACGAAAAAGAGCAAGAAGCCAUGUCCUGGUGGUCUGGGGAUGAAGAAGGACACACUCCAGAACAGCCUGCAAAAGUGAAACCAGCUGUGGAAAAAGCUCCGGUAAAACAGAGGCCGAUCUUGGAAAAAGCAUUUCUUGAUCGAGAUGCAGAAUAUCUCUUUGAGAAAAAUGAUCAAGAUGCUGAUUUAGAUGAGCAACUCAAAGAAGACUUAAGACAGAAGAAAUCUGAUCCGAGAUAUAUUGAAAUGCAGAAAUUCUGAGAGAAACUCCCGUCAUAUGGGAUGAGAAAGGAACUUGUAAACCUGAUAAACAAUAAUCGGGUAACUGUGAUUAGUGGUGAGACUGGUUGUGGAAAGACUACACAAGUUACUCAGUUCAUCUUGGAUGAUUACAUUGAGCAUGGGAUAGGGUCUACAUGUAGGAUUGUAUGUACUCAACCUAGGAGGAUCAGUGCCAUCUCAGUGGCUGAGAGAGUUGCUGCUGAAAGGGCAGAAGCAUGCGGUAAUGGCAAGAGUACAGGAUACCAAAUUCGUCUACAGAGUCGGUUACCAAGGAAACAAGGUUCCAUUUUAUACUGUACCACAGGAAUUGUCCUACAGUGGCUCCAGUCAGAUAAGCAUUUGUCCAGUGUUAGUCAUGUAGUCCUUGAUGAAAUUCACGAAAGAAAUCUUCAAUCCGAUGUUUUAAUGAGCAUUAUUAAAGAUCUGUUGAAUGUUCGUUCGGAUCUGAAAGUAAUACUAAUGAGUGCUACUUUAAACGCUGAGAAGUUUUCGGAGUAUUUUGAUAACUGUCCAAUGAUUCACAUACCUGGGUUCACUUUCCCUGUGGUGGAGUAUCUUCUGGAAGAUGUAAUUGAAAAGUUGAGGUAUACUCCAGAAAACACAGACCGUCGGCCACGGUGGAAGAAAGGCUUCAUGCAAGGACACGUAAGCAGACCAGAAAAAGAAGAAAAAGAGGAAAUCUAUAAAGAACGAUGGCCGGACUAUUUAAGGCAGCUGCGGGGCAGGUACUCAGCAAGUACUAUAGAUGCCUUGGAAAUGAUGGAUGAUGACAAGGUUGACCUUGACCUUAUAGCAGCACUUAUCAGACACAUUGUUUUGGAAGAAGAGGAUGGUGCAAUUCUGGUGUUUCUUCCAGGCUGGGACAACAUUAGCACUUUGCAUGAUCUCUUGAUGUCACAAGUCAUGUUUAAGUCAGAUAGGUUUAUUAUCAUACCUUUGCAUUCAUUGAUGCCUACUGUUAACCAGACCCAGGUUUUUAAGAAGACCCCACCAGGAGUAAGGAAAAUCGUGAUUGCUACCAACAUUGCAGAGACUAGCAUUACAAUAGAUGAUGUGGUAUUCGUUAUAGAUGGUGGAAAAAUAAAGGAAACUCACUUUGAUACACAGAACAACAUUAGCACAAUGGCAGCAGAGUGGGUUAGUAAAGCUAAUGCCAAGCAGAGGAAAGGUCGAGCGGGAAGAGUUCAGCCAGGUCAUUGUUACCAUCUGUACAAUGGACUGCGUGCUAGCCUUCUAGAUGAUUAUCAGUUACCAGAGAUCUUGAGGACGCCUUUGGAAGAGCUGUGUUUACAAAUCAAGAUUCUAAAGCUUGGCGGAAUUGCUUAUUUUCUGAGCAAACUAAUGGAUCCACCAUCUCGUGAUGCUGUAAUGUUGGCCAUAAAUCAUCUAAUGGAGCUGAAUGCUUUGGACAGGCAAGAAGAACUGACUCCACUAGGUGUCCAUUUAGCGCGAUUACCGGUUGAACCACAUAUCGGAAAAAUGAUCCUUUUUGGAGCUUUAUUUUGUUGCCUGGAUCCAGUACUUACAAUUGCAGCUAGCCUCAGCUUCAAAGACCCUUUUGUCAUUCCUCUGGGCAAAGAGAAAGUAGCAGAUGCAAGAAGAAAGGAGCUAUCAAAGAACACUAAAAGCGAUCAUCUGACUGUGGUGAAUGCUUUCACGGGCUGGGAAGAGACUCGGCGUCGUGGUUUCAGAACUGAAAAAGAUUAUUGCUGGGAGUAUUUCCUCUCUUCAAAUACACUCCAGAUGCUGCAUAACAUGAAAGGACAGUUUGCUGAGCAUCUCCUUGCAGCUGGAUUUGUGAAUAGCAGAGACCCCAAGGAUCCCAAAUCUAAUACCAAUUCAGAUAAUGAGAAGUUACUCAAAGCAGUCAUCUGUGCUGGUUUAUAUCCAAAAGUUGCAAAGAUCCGGCCAAGCUUUAGCAAAAAGAGAAAAAUGGUGAAAGUUUGCACCAAGACCGAUGGAUCAGUUAAUAUUCAUCCUAAGUCUGUUAAUGUGGAAGAGACAGAGUUCCAUUAUAACUGGCUUGUGUACCAUUUGAAGAUGAGAACUAGCAGUAUUUACUUAUAUGAUUGUACAGAGGUUUCUCCGUACUGUCUCUUGUUCUUUGGAGGCGAUAUAUCCAUUCAGAAGGAUAAAGAUCAAGAUACUAUUGCUGUGGAUGAAUGGAUUGUUUUCCAGUCUCCAGCAAGAAUAGCGCACUUAGUUAAGAAUUUAAGGCAAGAGCUCGAUGAUCUUCUACAAGAGAAAAUAGAAAACCCACACCCUGUGGACUGGAACGAUGUUAAAUCCAGGGAUACAGCAGUGCUGACAGCUAUUAUAGACUUAAUCACAACACAGGAGAAUGAAAGUGCCAGGAACUAUGCUCCUCGAUUUCAGAAUGAACGCUAUAGUUGACACAGUUGCAUUUGUGUUGAUAAAGCCAACUUAUUCACCUUU